AUGUUCAAGGACAUAUCGAACGACGGUAUGUUUACCCGUCAACGUAUUCAAACAGAAGGCAAACCACCUUAUUGGAUACACGAACUGAAACCAACAUUCGAAGGUCAAAAGAACUCUACUCGACGACUGACGCUUAGUCGAAGUGUACCGGACAUUCUCAAUCGAAGACGUCUCUUGACCCAGAGAGAACUAGACCAUGAAGGGUACACCGAGAUGACGGGAUUGUGCCACUAUAUCCGGACUAAAUAUGGCACACUAAUUCCCUUUGCCGCAGUAGCAACUCCCCAAGACAUGCAAGAGAUGGGCUGCUGGAAAGACAUCCAGGAAUUGAGAAAGAUGAUCACCCAUCCUGACUUUGAAGCGCAAUGCAAAGCGUGGUCCAAGACAAAGCACCCAGAGCAGAGAGGACGCUCGUAUGACCGUGCUGCAACUGAAGGUAGAUACAAACGAACAGUUCAACUUGGAUCAAUUGCUUGCAAGAUGAGACCCGAGAAUUACAAGUUCGAUGCUCAUCUCUCCAAGACUGGAGCACGCAUUCUCAAGUACAAGUUUCCCGAGAGAAAUACUGACACUUUAGUUAGAGAUUGGGCUUGUAACGCGGCUAUCACUAUAGGCCACCACGACAAUCAAGAGUUGAACGCCAUUCAGCUGAAUUCCUCAUCAGUCAGCGUCGAGCAAGAUGGAGAUCUUUCAGACGACAUCAAGCAAUUUGGCGGUCUCCACAUCGAUGGCGGCGACAACCCUCUCGCCUUCACAGUCAUGAUCAACCUGUCAAACUACCCUGAAGAUUACUUUCCCGGCCGGUUUAACAUCACAAGCGUGCGACUAACCUGCACACUCCCAGCCGGUUCUGCACUUGUCUUCUCAGGUCGUCACCCUCAUUUCGGCACCGGCGGUGGCGUCUACGAAGACUCGGUCCUCCGCGACAAAAACCACCCACUUCGCCAUCGCAUGCCCAGAUACUGCGAACUCGACCUCCUUCCACCCGAGAACAUCUACCUUCGCGCAUGCGGCGUCAUGUACCCUAGUCUGCGCUUCACAAAAGCUAGGAUGGAUCUCAUCAACCCCGAGAUGAUCUCCGAUCAAGCCCUCGCUGUCUUCGGCACGCUGCAGAAUUUGCAAGAAUUUAGAUUGCGGUAUUUCAUGCGCAAGACGUUCGAGGAACUCGAGGAUAAAACUCAGUUCAAGCGUGACCCAGGAUACCGGACCGAGCGCUUUGAAUGGUACAAUGAACUAGACGACCAAGAAAUCGGAUUCGGCUGGAUCAAUGAGAAGGGUACACUUGAGUUUCCUCGUCGCUGGAUCGCACAGAUGGUUAUUGAUUACAUUGGUAAACCUGACCCAGAUAAAGACCGCCAACUGGCUUAUCACAAGGAAGUCCGCUGCGGAACUUUCUUCAGAGCUCAGGAUAGCAUGCCAGUCGGUCCAGCUGACCCAGUUACUACAGUCACAAACGGAACCGCUGAUCUCACACUGACUUCCGACGAUGAACCUUCUUCUACUUCAGCAGGUAAGCGAGCUGCUGGAACGACUGCAGCUGAACCGCCGGCGAAGAAGCGCAAGACUGAUACACAACAAGUCGUCGCGAUUCCCGCACAGGCUGAACCUGAGCCCGAGAAGAAGAAGAAGAAGGGCAAGAAACAGUUGCAGGUCAAGAAUGCUGCGAGGAUCGAUGUGCAGAAUCCCGGGUUUGAGAUUGCCUAUGAUCCAAGCGUUGAUUUUAUACCGAACAGGUCACUGCUUGAUCAGGGAGCUAGGGUUGUUGAGGAAGAUAGGAUGGUCAAUUGGAUUAAGAACCUUCGAUAG